AUGGCCAGCCUGCUGCAGGUCGUCUCUCUGGCUGUGUUCGUCUGUGUGCUUCUAGCCGUCGACAUGGUCCUCUACCACAUCUUUGACAUAAUCCGCAGACACACCUUCACAGAGUUCUCCCUCACCAGUAGACACCAUAUAGACAUUAACGUAGGCGGACAGUCCAUGAUGGCCAAGCUCCUGAGGAAGACCAUCGGGGCCCUCAACUCUUCCUCUAACGUGGACAUGCAGUCCAGUAACCAGCGUAGACUGCCUGCCCCAGCCCAGGGCCAUGACCACAGAAGACUACGUGUGGAGUUCUGUGCCCCUCCUGAUGAUGGCCCUAAUGUGCUGCCUGCAGGUAUACAGCAACCGACUGCGCAGGGUCAUCUCUGCCUUCUACUUCCCCAAGCGGGAGAAGAGGCGUACCCUGUUCCUCUACAACCUGCAGAUCCAAAGACGCAUCUCAUACAUCAAAAGGCAACGGAAACGACUCAUGCAGCUAAGAACAAGACAGAAAACUGUCCAGAGCACCACCCAGGUAGUAGACACACCACACCACUGGAGAGAAUUCGGCCAUUUGUUCUCGUGGACGGACACAAAACAAGUCUUAGUAAAGCCUUGCAGAAUGGUCACCCAGACAAGCUACAAUGCGGUCUUCAAAUCGGAGGCAGCAUCUAUCUUUUGGACCUAGAGAAAAACUAUGAUCUCCUGCCCAAGCCCCCCAAUGUGUUCUACUAUCUACCUAAUGGUACUGGAGUUUCUUUAAAGGAGAGCCCGGUGACUCACUGUUACUACCAUGGCUCAGUGAGGGGCUUCCCGCAGUCCAGGGUGGCUCUCAGUACCUGUUCUGGACUCAGGGGCAUGGUGGCCAUCAACUCCACCCUUAGCUUCGAGCUGCUCCCUGAGGAGGACUAUGAGAACCAGGAGAGGGCAGAGGAGAGCGGAGUGGCUGAGGAGGAGGGGAUUCACCUGCUCUUCUCCACUAGGCCUCUAGAGAGGGCCAGUGCUGGUGGCUGUGGGGUGUCCCACACAGAUGUACCCCUCAUCCCCGUCCCACCACAAGUAUCACACAGAAGUAAAAGGGACAUUCUCUCAGAGACCAAGUACAUAGAGCUGGUGCUUGUAGCUGACCACAAAGAGUACCUUAACUACCAGAAAAACAACAAGACCAUCAUCUAUCGAAUGCUGGAUGUGGCCAACCAAGUAGACUGGUUCUACCGGCCACUGAGUGUGCGGGUGGCUUUGACGGGGCUCGAAAUCUGGAGUGAUCAGGAUAAGAUUCAGGUGGACAAGAGUCCCACAGACACCCUCAACCGCUUUCUGGAAUGGCGAACCAGAGAGUUGCUGCCCCGUCUGCGCCAUGACAACGCUCAGCUUGUCAUGGGGGACUCUUUUGAUGGAACCACGGUGGGAAUGGCAUCUCAGUCUUCAAUGUGCUCUAAGGAUCGGUCAGGAGGGGUCAAUGUGGAUCACCUGGUCAGCGUACUGGGAGUGGCCUCCACUGUUGCCCACGAGUUGGGACAUAACCUUGGCAUGAGUCACGACACAGCGGACCGGCGCUGCCAGUGUCAGAACGAACCACGCCUGGGAGGCUGCAUCAUGGAGCCGUCCACAGGGUUCAUGCCCGGCCAGCUGUUCAGCAGCUGCAGUGCCAGAGACCUGUCCCUCAGCCUCCUCCACGGUGGGGGGAUGUGCCUGUUCAACGUGCCCCAGCCUGAGAAGCUGCUGGGCGGGCCACGCUGUGGAAACCUGUAUGUGGAGAAGGGAGAGCAGUGUGACUGUGGCCUGCUGGACGAGUGUGAUGAUCCGUGCUGUAAUGCCUCUACGUGUCAGCUGGUUCCCGGGGCCCAGUGCUCCUCAGAUGGCAUCUGUUGUGACAACUGCCAGCUGCGUUCAGGAGGAUGGGUGUGUCGGGAGCCCUUGGGGGAGUGUGACCUCCCAGAGCACUGCACUGGUAUCUCCCCCUACUGCCCCCCAAAUGUCUUCCUUCAGAAUGGCCAGCCGUGUGAAGACGGCUCCUCCUACUGCUACAGUGGGGUGUGUGUCAGCCUCGACACUCAGUGCCAGAUGCUGUGGGGAGCAAAUUCCACCAAGGCUCCGCCUGUCUGCUUUUCCUCCGUCAACAAACAGGGCAACAAAUUUGGCAACUGUGGCCAGAUGCCCAACGGAACCUACAUCCCCUGCACUAGCAUAGACGUGCAUUGUGGGAGGAUCCAGUGCCAGGGAGGCAACGACCGCCCGUUGAUAGGCACCAGCGCUGAGAUUCUGACGACCAAAGUCAAAUUCAACUACAGCGACUUCGUCUGCCGGGGGACCUACUUUGACCUCGGCGACGACGUCUCCGACCCUUCCAUGGUGACCCAGGGCACGGCGUGCGGACCUGGCAAAGCCUGCUGGAACCAGCGCUGUCAGGACGUGUCCGUGUUUGGGGUUGACGAGUGUCAGGACAAGUGUUCCGGACACGGGGUGUGCAACAGCAACAAGAACUGCCACUGUGACGAGGGAUGGGCUCCCCCGGACUGCAGAUACGCGGGCCAUGGAGGAAGUGUGGACAGUGGCCCCGCCAGAGCACCCAGAGGAUUGGAUCCAUCCCGUGUGGCCUUGCUGGUUAUCUUCCUCUUCGUCCUGCCAGUGGUGCUCCUCUUCCUCGCUCUGCGUUUCCCCCACUGUUGUCGUAGACUGCUUUGCCUGGGUAGUGGCAGCCCCUUCCACAAGAGCACUGGACGCCAACAGAGCCGGACCCCGGCAACGGAGCGAGUUGAUUCUCGUAAUGAGGACCAGGUCCAGCCUUUGAGGUACCACUGGAGCCGCCAGAGUGACAUCCAAAUGACCCCUUCACUGCCUACCAACAAGGUUAAGGACAGACCUGCUCCACCUACUAAGCCACUCCCUCCUGACCCUGUCUUAAAACAAGCCCAGUUGCCCAAGAAAUAUCCAGCCCCCACCAAGCCCCUGCCCCCCAGCCCCCCUAACAACCAGGCACCGUUAGAGGUUGCUGAUAGUGACAAGCCUGCGUUGGGUCGGCCGGCUCCUCCCACCAAGCCUCUACCCCCUGACCCUGUGCUAACAGGCAGCCAGGCCCCUGUACCACCCAUGAAACCACCCGCCCCAAAGAAACCUCUGCCUGUGGACCCCCUGUCACAUCCCACUGCCUCUGGCUACAGCACACCGCUGCGACAUGGAGCUCCUAGAACCCCCACCCCCCGCGCUGCCUGUUCUGUAACAGCAGUACCUGCCAGAUGUGCCCCCCCACCUCCACAUCGGACAACGCAACUCCGAAAGUUCAACUCAACGCCUCCGGUUUAACUGCCUAAGAUCAACUAAACCACUGGAAUUCUGGGAUUCUCUUCAACUGCGUCUGACUGCACGAAUUGCGAUGGUUGGAAUGGUUUUGAUCAUGGAGACUCCUUAGAGGCCGUCACAGAGCCUGGAAGCUCCCAAUCCAGUGCUGCAUUUUACACUCCCUGCCACUCUAAAAUAUUUCCCUGGUGUGUCUUUCUCCGGGGAGACUAAGGGAAGCCUUGGUCGGUUACCUGCUCCGUUGGAACAAGGGCUGCACCAGAACAUAGAAGGUCUGGAAUGUUCACAGACGUUAUCGGUUGACUGUUGACUUGGAUUGAUUUAAAAAAUGAACAACAUGACAACUGCAUAUCAUUCAACAGUAUCUGGCAAAUACAAAAAGUGGAUUUUUACUCGAGAGAUAAUCAUCUCAAUAGACAUUAAAGGCAGAUUAAUGUUUUUUUGCUUUUGCACAUAUGAAUUUGCCCUAUGAUAAUUCAGAACAGCUUAUUACUCCCAGACUGACUGGACAACAAUUUUGCACCAGUUUGUAAUGUUUUAUUUAAGUUAUUGAGCUAAUGCAGGCCUCAGGAAACAGGUCCUGACCUCCCCCAAGCAUAUCCACACUUUCAUUCGAUGCAAUUAUUCAUUUUAACUCCAUCACAGCUGUGUCAUUGAGGGGGAGAACCUUUUAUGUACAUCUGCCUAUUCAUCUGUCUGAUUAACACUACAGACUCUUAAUGUCUCUGAACGUAUUGACGUCCAACUUUAGGCAUUCUCGAUUGUCUCGGAAUGUGUUGAUUCAAAAUGUAACUGUUGAGUCCCUUGUACCUUGGUUAACAGUUGUGCCAUAGCAGUGUUGGCUCAUAUGAGUGAAGAGCAGUCUUAGAUGAGGAGCUCUUUUUUUAAAUGCAUUUGCAUACACUGUCUGGUUUGCAAGUGUGGCGGAAAUAAGCUGUGGUAUUCACUUCUUAAACCCAAUUACUGGAAAAGCCAACCAACUGAAUGUAAGAGAAAUACUAUUGGUUCAUACUUGGAGUCACACAAACCAUAAUAUGAGCAUAACAAGUCCUUAAAUGUUGUGUUACCAAUACAGGGGCUAUGUAUACAGACACUAUGUAGUUUUUGCCUGUGUUAUGAACAUUUCCCCUUGGAAUACAGUCAUUUGAAAACUUACUUUUUUAGGCAUGGAUAUUUAAGCAGAAUUCCAACCACAUUCAUUGAUAAAGUUGACACAAUUUUACAAAUCAAAACAGAAAUGCAAUUUCCUUAUGCAGAGUACACCACUAACUUUACAUCACAUAAAAUUACAAAAAUGUGAAUUAUAUGGAACAAAACAGGUGCAAAUAAUUAGAACUUUGUUACAGAGUAACUUGGUAGGGUACAGCAUUCCAUAUAGAUUAGAAACUUGGUCCGGUUUGGUCUGAACGAUAUGGGUGUGUGGUAACUCAUCAUGCCACGAUCAAACGACCUAUCAGAUGAACAUGAGUCUGGGAAGGGUUACAAAGCAACCCCUCCCAGUACAUCAUCGAAGUACCUCAAAGUACAUCAUUCCACUGUCUGACAUCUACAAACACAGAAAAUUCCAGACCACUGACAAUAUACAUAGGACAGGUCAUCGAACCAAAUCAUUCGAUAAGCUGACUAAAAGAUGGUUGUAUUAGUCUCUAAGGACCCCAGGGGAACAUCAAGGGAAACAAAAGUUCCCUGUUACCACAAUUAAUCAAAGUGCGUGAGUCGACUGUCAGAAACUUGGCCUUCAUAGGAGGUCAGAAAGUAAGAAGCAUCGGCUCUCAAAAUGAGUAUCAAGACACAGGUGACAUUUGUCAGAUAACACCUGGGUAAACACCAAAACUACUGGAACAAUGUGCUCUGGACAGAUGAGAAAAGGGUGAAGUAG